GGGCGGGCCUUCGCAGCACAAGAAUGGAGGCGGUCGGCGGGUAAACGUUUCUUUACACGCGUUGAAAUGAAAUUUCCCACGGACGCCGCUCAGUUUUUUCAUUUCCACGCCACGGAGGAUGACGAGGGAGUGAGAAGAGACGGCGGCCCGUGUGAGACGACCGCACCGGGGAUUGUCCAACGACAGCGAGCGUGAGGUGUGCUCUUAUACUGGCCGUCUGGAUGACACGAGUAGACCUCGAUCAUUUGACACAGCGGUGAAAUUUCACUCCAACACUCAUCUGUCACAGAUCCAUGAUCCACCCACAGUCCACAUAAAACAUCACAUACACUCUCACACACACACACACACACACACACACACACACACACACACACACACACAGAGCCAGCAUGGCGGAGCAGCAGCAGCAGCAGCAGGAGGAGGAGGAGGCGGAGGAGGGCGUUUACGUGGAGCACCAGUACAUGUGCAGUGAGUGCCACCAGCUCUUCAACACCCUGGAGGAUGUGCUGAUCCACCAGCAGAUCCACACGGGACAAGAGGGAGAAGGAGAGGAGGAAUGGGCGGCUAUGACCAUCCAAGGAGUCCCUGAGAUGGGGCAGACGCAGCAUUACCAGUGUCUGGAAUGUGGCAUCCUCCUCAUUAACCCAGAGGAGCUGCUGCUGCACCAGGAGAUGCACAUGAGGGAGGCGGGUUUGGAGGUGGAGCAUCAAGAGCUCUGCGAGGUCAUGGAGACAGAGGAAGGCGGGUCAGAGGCUCAGAUGUCGGGACCGGUUCAGUACCAGUGUCUCGACUGUCUGGCUCUGUUUGAUGCACCCGAGACAUGGUUGGAGCACCGGCGGUCCCACAGCAGGAGCAGCACGCACAGCAACAACGAGCCCACGGAGUAUGUGCUACAGCCCGAUGGCACCGUGACUCCUCUUAACAGUAUGCAGAACUGUGUGCUGAGUGAGCAGCAGGCCGGGGAGAUCUUGGCGCAGGUACUUGCUCAGCAGCAGCAGCAGCAGGAGCAGCAACAACAGAUAAAAUGUCAGUCUGUCUCUAAAGCUGCUGCAGCCUCCCGCUCCUCCCUGCUGCCACCUGUGACGGCGACUCCCGGCUCCGCAACCAUGCACCUGCAGAUUCUCACGGCUCAAGUCCUGGCUGACAACUCCACUGUAUCCAGUCAGCACCGCUCCAAGCUGCCUCCCCUGUUGCCCGCCGUCGGCCGAGGCGCCUCUGCAAAGCUGGGGGUCUUGGAGAACGGUGUCCAGACACUGGAGCUACGGUUGGCCCCCGUCGUCCAGGAGCUGCAGCAGCAGCAGCCUACGGAGGUGGUGGUCAUCCACCCGUACGAGUGCUCUGAGUGCUCCCUUAUCUUCCAAACUCCAGAGGAUUUCCUCCAGCACCAGGGAGAGCACUUCCUGGGCCAGGACAAAGAGAGCGGAGAGACGGGGGUCAUGGGUGGCUUCGAGGAGGCUCGAGGGAGGGAGGAGGCGACGGAGAAGGCGGAGGACAUCAGGAUCAGAUUGUCCGAGAAGAAAGAGGCCGUCUGGGCCAAGCCUCAACAGUGUGAGCUCUGCAACCGCACCUUCACCUCCAUCAACCGGCUGGCUGCUCACAAACGCGUGCACGAACAGGGCACGCACGAAUGUCCAGAGUGCGGCAAAGUGUUCAAGAAGGCAACUUCGCUGCAGACGCACAUGCGCACACACUCUGGUGUGGCCAGGUACUUGUGUGUAGACUGUGGCAACGGCUACACCACUGAGAUGACUCUCAUCAUGCACAGGAAGUCCCACACUGCUGACCCUCUUCACAAGUGUCAGUUCUGCAACAAAACCUUCACCAACAUGACCAAGUACCUCUACCACCGUCGAACCCACCUCAAUCGCGAUACAACCGGCACACCCACUGCUGCCUCUAUGAGCUCAGCUCCAAGACGAGCAUCUCUCUCUGCACUUGCCAUCCUAGAGAGAGCCAGGGAAAAGAGGAAUUCCCAUACUGAGGCAAAAAUCAACAUGCUGGCCCCUCUCACAGAAGAAGAGAUGGAAAAACUGGGAGAAGAUCCUAUACUUAGUUCUCAGAUUCAAGUAGAAGGAGGUGAAGUGGAGAGACAGGGGCAGGACAACGACAUGGAGUUGUCAGCCCCACUUGAAGGAAGCACUGACAACCACCACCAGCAGGAGGAGGAAGCCAUCAAGGCUGCUCCAGCCACAGACCCGGUUCCCAUUGAUGACACUGGUGUAGGAGUCACGUCAGGGGCCCCUGGCUCAGCAGAAGCUGCUUCUGCUGCGUCAGAGAAGGGGCCCUUCUCUUGUCGCGCAUGCAGCAAGACCUUUCCCUCCCAGCUGCAGUUAGUUCAGCAUCGACGCAAGUCCCAUGUCCCAGAGCGCAGCUUCGUCUGUGGCAUCUGCGGCAAGUCUUUCAAGAAGCAGAUCCACGUUCGCAACCACAUAAGAACACACACUGGCGAGAGGCCAUUUCAGUGUUCUGACUGCGGCAAAACCUUCUCAUCUCUAGCCAAUCUAACGAGGCACAACCUCAUCCACUCGGGUGUGCGGCCGUACCGCUGCGAUGUCUGCCACCGCUCCUUCUCACAGUCCUCCAACCUCCGUCAGCACAGCCUGCUGCACUCCAACACCACCACUCUGUGCUGCCCUGACUGCCCCGCCACCUUUCGCUGGCCCACCAAGUUAGCAGCACAUCGCUACACCCAGCACCCAGGGUCUCCAGCCCCUUUCUCCUGUCCUCACUGUGCGGCUGGCUUCCUGAGCAGGAGGCAACGAGACAGCCACUGUUUGGAGCAGCACCCCACCCUGGUGCAGGCAGCUGCAGGGAUGGAAGGGGACAAAGAGGUCCACCACCAAGCACAGUUGGACAAAGACCUGGCCUCAGAGCCCUCCACCUCAACCGCCGUAGAGACAGAGUCAGGGGAUUCAGGCAGUCUUGUGCGGGGGGGUCUAGAUUGCAACAUUUGUGGGAAGAAGCUCAACUCUCCUGCCAAUCUGCGUCUUCACAGACUGAGCCACUUUGCCUUAGGCCCUGGACGGCCGCGGUGUGCCACAGGGAAGCGGCCUAAAGCCCACCAGUGUCCCGUCUGUGGAAAGAAGUUUGUGUCUUCCUCUGGAGUCACACUUCACCAGCGCGUCCACACUGGCGAGCGGCCAUUUCCCUGCCAAGUGUGUGGCAAGCGCUUCCGUCAGAACACGCAUCUGCGAGAGCACCUGCGCACACACUCGGGCGAACGUCCGUUCCGCUGCGAAGUUUGUGGAAAGGGUUUCAUUCAGAGUAUGCACCUGGCUGAGCACCGCCGGACACACACGGGUGAACGGCCGCACGUCUGCCUGCUGUGCAGUAAAGCCUUCAAGACCUUCUCCAAUCUGAGGAACCACAAGAAGACUCAUGCCAGGCAGCAGAGGCUGGACGAGGAGGCUGCCGCUGCCACUCAGGCUGCCAUGGAGACCAGCUCGGUUGUGACAGUGGUGGAAGCGUCGGCGGCGGAAUUCGCGAGCAGGCAGUCUCAGCUCCUCCAGAUGCAGGCCUCCGAUUUUCAGCAGACACAGGGCACUAAUACAAUCAUGUGUAACGAGUUUGGGGAGACCAUCGCCAUCAUAGAGACGAGCGACGGAGGAGCGCUGCCUCUGGAGCAGGCCUUGGAGAUCUAUCACACAGCCCUGGAGAAUGGCCUCGCCAUGGAGACGGUCGCCGUAGACGGACUGCAGCUUCUCUGAAGACCAGUGCCAGUCAAAAAAACCUCUAAUCGAUUAUUCAGAGCUCUUGCUGAAAUGAGCCUUAAUGACGACCGAGACACAGACUAACUGACUACUGCGAAGUUGAGAACUCAGUUCCGAGUAGUAAUUUACUGGAACCAGAAGAAAUAAUAAAUGCAUUUCAGCAAACACACCAAAGUUUGUCCACUUCCCUCAAGCUAUGAGAGGGGUCAGUGCCGAAAUUAUACGUACAUUUAAAAUAUGGAAUUCAUUCUGAAUACGGACCAUAGGUUGUGCCUCAUAACAUUUAUAUGAUUCAUUUUUAUCGUUUAUAUGAGAUGUGAUUUUCUUUUGCUUAAAGGUUUGGUCAAUGAAAUAAUUCUUUUGUAAAUAAGUGACAUCAAUAAAUGUUUUUUCAAGAUCA